GACUAAUGAAUUAAAAAUCUUGGGCUCGCCACAGUUUGCUGCUUAAUAAUGCCUGUGACAGAAGGAUUUUUUCCUCACUGAAGCGUGACAGCAUCAUAAUCCCUCGUCACUGGCAAGGAGAGGAAGGAAAAGUGGAAUUGUGGAGAAAAGCGGAAAAGGGUGAUCUUUUGGGACAGCAAAGCCUAUGGGAAGUGCAGGUAGCAGCAUGUUGCCCUGACAGCUGUCUCAGCUUCUCAGACCUUGUCAGUUUGUUGCUAUGCAGCAGGUGCAGCCUUUUCUUUUAUUGAAGCUUUACUCCAUAAAGGCAACGACAAGCCAAGGCAGUGGCUGGCCCUGGAUUAUACAAGUGCAGACACUCCGCUAAGUGAGGGUUUCAUCUCAGUAAAACUACUUUUUGGGAUUGGUGGUCUCAGAAGAAAGACCGAGGACUGAGUAAGGUCCCGAUCCAGGAGUCAAACCCAUGCAGACAGACCCCUACACCUGCACAGAGUUCCACUGAAGAAUCACCACCAAGCUGGAACAAACAAGUAAAAGCAUUGACUCAAGUGCCCACAUGAUCACCACCGCCAGGGUACCUGCUGAUAAACCAGUACGAAUUGCCUUCAGCCUGAAUGAAUCCCCAGAUGAUGCUUCCUCUGAAAACUUCCCUCUGACAUUUCCAGAACUAGAUCAGCAGCUGCAGCCACUGCCUCCUUGUCAUGACUCUAAAGAAUCUAUGCAGGUGUACAAACAGCACUGCAAAAUAGCAGAAGAGUACCAUGAGGUCAAGAAAGAAAUUGCUCUGCUGGAAGAAAGAAAAAAGGAGCUGAUCGCCAGGCUGGAACAAGUGGAAAAAGAAAGCAUGGAUGCUGCUCAGCUGGCCAAGGAGUAUGCGGAACUGACAGAGGAGAACCGAACACUGAAGCUGGCCCAGACACAGUGUGUAGAGCAACUGGAAAAGCUCAGAAUACAGUACCAAAAGAGACAGGGGUCCUCAUAACUCUCAACUAGUUUAUGUGAGGCAGUUAAUACAGGAUUGGUCCUGUGCUGGAGUUUUUAAAAUAAAGGUCUGUUUAAUAUGUUAUAAUACUCUACUACAGAUACAGAGCGUGUAGAAGUCUAUAUUUGAUUUAAUGCUUGCCAUCCAGUAGCUUAAUAUAAUGGAUAUUUCAUCCAUUAUAUAAUGGAUAUUUUAUUUCAAGUAACAUAAUUGAAGUUAAUCUAUUCCCAUUAUAUGUUCUAGUAGAUCAAGUUUCUUUUCUAAACAUAUUUCUUCCAAUUUAAGAAGAUAUGGACACACUAGAAAAUGAUAUAAAUAGUCUCUGUGUUGGAAAUUUGGACCAUACUAAGGCAUACAACAGGGACAAUGUUCAUAUAUGGAAUACAUGUAUGUUAAUUUUAGUUUGGUGAAGAUUUUUUUAAUUAUUUUCCUCAUGCCUGAAAUGUUUGGAAGUUAUAUUAAAACAGGUCUCCCCACUGGUAAAAACUAUACUUCAUUAUCCCAUGUCAACUUUACAUUGUUGUAUAAAAUCUGAGAAAUUACACAUUAAAAAUUGAAGUAACAUAAUUAUUUUUAUCAAAUGCGUGUACUGCCACUAAUAAUUUGCAAGUAAUGAAAUUAAAAGGAAACUAAUGAGGUCAGAAAUUCUUUCUGUGAGCAUAAAGGUAGCUUGAGAGUCUUUUUGUUGUACUUUUGGGCAUGCAAGUAAUUAACAUAAGAACACUACCAUCAUAGUUUCAAGUGAGAGUAUGUCUGUAAAAGUACUGUGAUUAUGUUUUGUUCUUAUUUUAUGGCCUGUUUUGAAACAUAAACAGCUGUAAGUAGGGACAGGAGUUCCAUCAUAUACUAAUAACCUGGAAGUAAAAUGUUAAUCUUAUUUGCUCUAUUUAUCCCUGUAUUUUCCUAGAUAACUGAAAUUUCUGUCUUAUACUUCCGUUUCUAUUCAUACAGUAUUUUUUUCAUUAAAAG